ACAGCGUUCCGCAACAAGCUACGUCAUUACCAGUCACAAGGGCAAUAACCUAGACAAGAUGGAUGUCAUGAUGGAUGCAACCAUGGAAGAUACCCCAAUCUUUCAACAAAUCCGUACCAAUAUUGAGUUAGCAUCAACAUCAACAGCAACAGCAACAAGACCAACACCAACAGCCAAACCUGUGUGCAUCUUACACUGGGACAAUGAGAGGACGGCCAAUAAACUACGAGCCGAGCUUGGAGAACAAAGCAUUUGUACAGAAGAAGACUUGUCCACAAUUUGCUUUCGAGAACAUGUCAACUUUGAAGCCUUGUAUCUCAUUGUCGAUUCAAGAAUGGCAGAAAAGUUUAUGAGAGAGCGAGUAUUUGAUGCCCUGAAAUGGUUGGACAGAUUUUCUGAUCUUGGGAAGCCUAUAUAUGUCAUAGAUGACAUUAAUGAUGAGAGGAAAUUCAAUACAACAUUUUACCGCCUUCCUCAAUCAGCCGAAGCAUACCACUGGCAGGCUGGAAACAACUCACAGGAACCUUUAACUAAUUCUUUUGUCCAGAUUGGUUUGGAAAAUGAGUGUACACUCAAGACGGAUGAUCUUGGGUGUAAUUAUAUCACACAGAUUGGGGAGUCAACAAACAUUGCCAACAUCCAUAUUGGAAAUGCUACAUCGGAUAACAGAGCAAAAAUAACCAUCACAUCCAUGGAACAGGAUUCCAACACUGAGAGGAGACUCUUCAAGAUUUUCAAGGAUAAUCAGUGUAUCAUCAAUAGUUAUCUCCCCCUGAAUGGUGCUCUUCUGACCUCUGUAGAGAAAGGCUCCAUUAUUCUCAACCUCAAGCUGGACUCAACCAUCAGCGUGCAAGAUUUUCUCCAGCACAAACUGAAGGAGAUUCUCACAUGCCUGCUGAGUAUUGUGAAGGAUAAACUGAGGCUUAAUGUCCAUGUUGACAGUCAGUUCUCGGUUGACCUGAAGGAUGUCAUGUCUGGACAUAAAGGACAACCUGCUGUCACUAAACCCAAAACGUUCACCGAUAAAAAGAUUCAGACUAAGCUGACAUGGAUCAAAUCAAAUCCCAAAAUGAUUCACAGUCCAUCACCUAGUACCAGUACUACUGUCCUGCCACCCAAAAUAUCAAACAAAGAAACACCACCAACAAAACUAAUGGACCCCCCUUCUCGGAGUGAAACAGCUUCUCUUUCAUCCACACCUUCCAAGUCAGAUGAUGACACUGAAAAAGUAAUAAAAGCUCCAAAAUACAAACCUCAAACAAAGUCACCUUUGAAAAGUUCAGAUUGGUCCGACCUUGACCUUGGUAAAAAGGCAACAAUGUCCAAACUAUCAACAUCAAGACCUUCACCAGGGAAAACAUCUGUUUCUCCAGCUAAAGACAAACCACAAGCAGUAAAAACACCAAAUAAGAUAAAAGCUUGCCAUAAAUUAUUCAGAGGACAACUUCCAUAUUUUGAAAGACCACAAACCAAGACAAGCGGCUACUUUAAGAUAGCAACGGUCCUUGACUAUGAAGACUCGGUAGAGUACUUUCCGCUCUAUGUUGGCAAGUCAGAUGACAUCGGUCACCGACUUGACCAACUUUUCAAAAGUCAACCAGACACUGUCACCAGCUCUUCAUCUCCAUCAUCCAUUGACACAUACCUAGCAGGACUGACACCAGAGGAGUAUGAAAACAUCUCCGUGUUCUGGGUGGACAGAACACAGGACCAACACCAGUGCAAGGGGCGCUCCAUGCGUGACUGUUUCAUCAGGAAAUGGGGUGCUCAGCUGCAUUUCAUGGACAAAGAUGAAGAUUGGUCUGAAGGGGAGGAAACAAGAGUAACACAUACUGCCAGGAAAGUAAUUAUUCCUGGUAAGAAGUCUGUGCGGUCUGGGUUUUCAUCAUCUCAAAAGAAGCCUUAUGUCUCUCCUACUCAGAAGACAUUCAGGUCAUCUCAGCUGUACAGACCCCCGGCAAGUAGAAACAGGGAUGUUGUGGACAACCUUAAACAUGAGUCUGAAUACAGAAUCAUGGCUCCAGCAUAUGCUUCAAUCUUAGAAUACCUUCCUAAGAGUUCUGUUGGUGGUCCAAGAAGCACAUCCAGCACAACAUCGGGAUCCAGCACAACAUCGGGAUCCAGCACAACAUCGAAAUCCAGCACAACAUUGGGAUACUCCGAUUUAAAAACUAAAUACAGUCUCAAGAGAACACCCUUUGAUUCUAGCCCAGCAGACAUACCGCUCAAAUUGAAGAAACCGAAAUUAGAGAGAGAGUUGCCAUCAUGAAAUCAAUGAGCGUCUCUGGAAGGAUGCAUCAAGUUUCAAGGAAUAUGAGUGUGUGUUAAUCUAUACCAAAGUCCUCAAUGUUCCAUCUGUCUUCAGUAACUAAUACAUACUUAGGUCUGAGAUGGUCACCAGAUGAUUGACAUCACAGGCGACAUCAUGUAAUGGCAGCCAACCACAUUGCAAUGGACCAGAAAUUUCAUACCACAUACUGAUGUUACGUAAUUAUGGAACAUUUUACUAGUUACAUUUACAAAAUUUAUGUGGAUUUCAGUUUACAAAAUACUAAAAUGAAACACAAAAAAUGAGUUUCAUUUGACAUACAUGUAUAUAUGUGCAUGUGUGCUCACUCUCUUGCUCACACACACACACACACACACACACACACACACAGUCUUUCAUUUAUCAUUACAAUAAAAGUAUACAAAGUUGCAAACAAAGAAAUCCUUACAUAUGGGGUCUGUUGCUGUUAUUUACCCUGCUGCAUCAUACCCACUAUAUAUUCUAUAUAUAUAUGGGGAAUUGCAUUUAAUAAAGUCAUGACCAGAGUCGUGUCCCAAUUUCGGAGAUCAAUGCUCAUGCUAUUGAUCACUUGAUUGUCUGGUCAAGACUUGGUAUUUUACAGACCGCCACCAUAUAGCUGGAAUAUUGCUGAGUGUGGCGUAAAACAAAAUUCACUCACUCACUUGACCAUACCAAACAUAAUAAAACUUGACAUCAAAAAAGGUUUGUCAUGGGUCUGCCUCCCUCAUAUAACAACUAAAAGACUUCUUCAACAAAGAUACUCAACACAUCAAAAUUUUAUUUCUGAAAUGUUUUCUGUCGUCGUACAUCAAAGACUGAUGUUUAAAAAAUGAAUGGAAACUUUAUCUGUAUUUCUGUCACUUCUGAAAGCUUUCAUGUACUGUUUUCAUGAUUCAGGGUUGCAAAUAAUGAAAAGAUUACUGCUCUGAGUUUGAAAAUGACGACUAAUUGGUAUAAAGACAAAUCAUCUGGGCAUUAUAUAAAGUGGUCAAUAGUAACAUGUUAUUUUUGUGUAACACUUUCUUAGUAAGUGCUACAAUUUGACCACUUUUCUUUCAUUUUGGUUUGUCUAUUCAUAGCUUUCAGCCAUCAGAGAGCUGAUAUUGUGAGCUGGGGAUUUUGUCUUUCAAGGAAUUAUAAAAUUUUCUUAUUUGGGUAUAUUUUUUAUUACAUUAUAAUAAAUAUGUACUUCA